AUGUACCUGGCCAGUGGAAACAAUCCUAGUUCAAACAAUCUCUCAGAUCCUGUCGAAACAUGUGAAGAGAAAGGAAAGUCGUCGAAGAAAAAAGGACUGAGAAGUUUGUUUAAGCACGUUUCGCAUUCAAGGCAUUCUAACCGUAGUCAAUGUCCUGCAAGCGAUUCCAAAACAUUGGAAGGAAUCCCGGCAACUAAUUCAUCUGAUGUGAAGGAUAAACCGUUACAAGAUGACCGGAAACCUUUGUGGGAUGUUUUGGAUACUGGUGGCUCUACGCGAAGUAGUAGUCUUUCUGGUUAUGAGAUGCAACUGCCCAUAGACUAUCAUAUACAGACUGCUUUUCUUGACACUAGCAAUCCGAAGUCUAAGAAAAGUGCUGAAUCUAUUUCGGAUCGUGGUGUAUUUACUGCUGAAGUGUCAAAUCCCAACUCAUCAGCAUGUAAUACCUCGUUAUCGUGCACAACUAUCAUGACAGUAACCAAUCCAACACCUGAAACACAGCACAGUAGAUCAUUUCAUACUUCGGUAUCUCGUGCAUAUGCUUCUGUUCCUCAUGCCAAGUUAUCUGUCCAUUACGGUUAUGAGCCAAGUAAUUCUUUACAAUCAUCCCCUCAAACGGAGUCGGUUACUAAUACAAAUGGGCAUAGUUUGAAUAAAUUAAUGGAAGAUCAUAAACCAAUCAAUUCUCAGUCAGCAUUAUCAUCGUCGUCAUCACCCGUUUCUGAUUUUGUUAGUGCUGAUGCUGCUCCCGGCAGCGGUAAUUCUACUUGCCGUGAUGAUACUACCAAUCCUAUUGAUUCUGAAUUGACAGCCUUUAAAAUGCAACAAUUACAACAUGAUGUGAUGCACCUUGAAACUGCAAUAAAGGACAACCUAAAUGAACAGAAGGAAUUGAAUGAUCGGUUAUUUGAACAAUUAGCUGAAGUAUCGAAACCUGAAAUUAGCAAAACUAAAUCAUCUUCCUCCUUACUGUCAUUGUCAUCAAUAUCAAAUGAUCAAUCUCCCUCUCGUGAAAGUGAAAUCAAACGUAUAUAUAGUGAAAAGUUAAAAACACUUAAAAAACAAUUUAAAGCAUUAAACGAACAAUUACAAACAACACGUUAUGUCAUUUCAAAAUCGACAUAUGAUGAUACUGGAUAUCGUAAGAAGAGUUCUUCACGUCCUGUCGGCUACUCAUUCUUUACACCUAACGAUAGAAAAAAACAUAAGAAAAUUACAAAAGGCCAUUUGACUACAUCCAAUUUGUUGUAUCCUCCUGAUUCAUCUAGUAUAUUCCUACCUGAGAAUGUAGCCAGCAGUAGUUCUCAACCACUUCGAACUGGUUCAUUACCUUCUACUAAUGGACUUAACCCUAUCAGUUGUGGUGGAUAUGACGCUGGUGGACGUAGUAUGAUUAGCGGUCUAAGUGGUAUAAUUAGUACAUCAAAAGAUGAUACAUGUCCCAGUAUAGAUCCAUCUGUUGCUGUCACUUCUAACACUGGUGCAUUUUCAUGGUCCGAUGGUGGAGAUAAUACACUGGCACGAAUAUUUGAAUUUCUUGGUGUAUCACCAAAUCAAGUGUUCAGUAGUCAAAAUCUAACCUCCAUUGGUAAUAAUAAUGUACCUGGUGUUGGUUCUUCAGGUUCAUCUGCAUUGUCUGCUUCAGGAUUAGGCGCGUUGGAUAAAACUAAAGCUGGAUCUAAAAGUCAUAUAAGUGGAGCGAAUGUUAUCUCACCAGAAUCACUCAGUACUCCUCAUGGUAGUGGUAUUGUUACUGGGAGUUUAAGUGGUGGUGUUGCUGCUGGAAGUACUGGCCACUUAGGUAAUUCAAUAAUGAAUAUUUCACCACAUAAUUUGGCACUUGCAUUUGCUUAUCUUUAUCGUCGUCAAGAAUGCCAAUUUGCCUCUCUAACUAAUCAACAAUCACAAAUAUUUCAAGAACUUCGUGAUGAAUUGUCUGUUAUGCAUAGUGAAACACUUAGUAUCCAGUCUACACUGAAUAAUUUAACAACAGAAUUAGAAGCUAUUCGACGUGAUGCAACCACAAAAGCGGAGUUACAAAAUCAAAAACUAACUGAUGCCAGUUCACGUAUUGAACGAUUGGAUGCUAUAGCUGAAGAAUCUCGACAAGCUUUACCACAUGAAUUAGCAGCUAUACGUAAUGAAUUUCAUGAUUCCUUAUAUUCAGUCGAAUAUCAAGUGACUACAAAAAUACGCGACCUAAGUGAUAAUAUUACAAGUAUUAAUAAUAAGGUAAGCAUGAUUGAAAAACCUCAUGAUCAAUCCAAUUCACUUGAAUCACAUGGCACAGAAUUAGAUCGUGUUCGUCGUAAAGUUUUACAUUAUUUAACUGAUUUAUGUGUGUCAUUCUUUGCACUAGUUACUAUGCUACUACAAGUACUUAUACGUUGUUUAAAUUUGGGCGCUGUUCUGACGGAAAAUAGGAAACUUGCUGUUUGCUUCUCCAUGACAUUGUUAGCUAGUUGUUUGCUUGUAUAUACAUCGGAUCCUAUUAUUUUAUGGCUCAGGGAAGAUGAUACCAUUACAAAUCCGGCUACAACAACAACAACCAUACAUCGAAGAUCUCAAUACUGGCGAAAUAUACUUAUUGCUAUCUUGUCAUUUUUUCGAAGUUUUUCCCGUGAAAUAUCUUGA